CCCAAACCCUCCUCACAAGGUGAUCAGGUGUACAGCAAUUUGGGAUCAAGGAAAGAGUUACAAUGAGGGUCCAGCUUCUCCAGAGACUACUGCUGCGUUUCGUAGCUGUGGUGGGAAUCGGAUAUUUGACAUCAUUUGUAGUGUUCAUGGCACUGCAUAUUCAAACGCCAUCGGAAGAACCAACCAACUUCCUCAUAAAACACUACAGUUUGAAGUAUCAACUGUCUCCUGAAAAUGAAGAUUUCAUUACUGAAGAUCAACUGUCUUAUGAAAUUGAACAGAUUAUUGUUAAAAAACUAAGGCAGAAUUUGAUCAACAAACUAUCUUCUCACAAUAAAUCGGACAUUACUGAAGAUCUAGAGCGGAACUCAGUCGAUAAAACAUCUACUGACAAUGAAACAGACAUUCCUGAAGAUCUAGAGCGGAAUUCAGUCAAUCAAUCAGAUCUUCCAGAUCCAUCAACCUCAAAAUACACACAACCUCACAUUACAAAUCUAAACACAAGCACUUCCAGGACAGUGCCAGAAAAUGGGACAGAAAUGGCCAUUACAGUAAAACCCACUAUGGCAGAAUUUUUUGGUGACCAGUAUGCUGUGGAUGAUGUUCCUUCACAAACAGACUGUCCAAACAAUAUCAGAAAGCGUGUACUUCAGACCAACUUCUCUGAGAUGUUUCUACAAACAAUUCCAGUCCUGCAGUGGGCAAAGCAUUUUACUCCAGAAGAGUACCAGCGAUUGAGACGUUAUGAGGAAGGUCAUGGUUGGGCAAAUGUUUCUGUCGAUGUGUUGAAUAGCUCACUGGGAAUUUUAAACACAUCCGCAAAUCGGUUAAUGUUUGACGACUGGGAGCAAAGAAAAAACAGAUCGCAGUGCAUCCGCUGUGCCGUGGUGGGAAACGGAGGAAUACUGAAUGGAUCGAAAAAAGGCAAAGAGAUUGAUGAGCAUGAUUAUGUGUUCAGAGUAAAUGGGGCGAUUUUAAAGGGGUUUGAGGAGGAUGUGGGAUCUCGAACAUCUUUUUAUACAUUCUCAACAAACACCAUGCGAAACUCCAUGAAUAGUUAUGGUGGAUUGGGCUUCAAGGGACCACCAGUAUCCAAUGAGACCAGAUACAUUUUUUUGCCAGAUCAAGACCGAGACUACAUUCUUAUUAGAGCGGCCGCCACACAUACAGUCAUUGAAAAAGGCCCUGAGCGCAGCAAAAUACCACCUAAAUUCUUUGGUGAAAAUGUGACGGUGGAAAGCUUCAAAAUGUACCACCCGGAUUUUAUCCGUUAUCUUAGAAACAGGUUCUUGCAUUCAAGCCGUUUGAAAACAUAUGCCAAAAAGUUUUACAGACCAACCACAGGAGCGGUGAUGCUCCUGGCUGCUCUUCAUACGUGUGAUCAGGUUGAUGCAUACGGGUAUAUGACUCCAAACUGGACUUCAUUCUCGGACCACUACUAUGACAAAAAGAGAAAGCCUGUCAUUUUUUAUGCCAAUCAUGACAUGCAAAUGGAGAUGAGGUUGUGGAAGCAGUUGCAUGAAGCCGGACUAAUAAAUCUCUUCACACGUUACUGAGAACGCUGAUCUUUGUACAAGGUGUUUAUUUAAAUUAAAAAGAGUGUCAUUUGGCCACAGGAUAAACUUGUUCUUCUUUUCAAACCUUUAUUUGGGAUUUCUGCUUCAAAAGGUGAAGAUCAGACCUUGUUUAGUUGUUUC